AUGGCCGCUGACAUGGAUUGGGAACGUGUAUGGCAAGGCGACUUUUCGCAGGUGCAGCAGUCCUUCCACGAAUCCCUUGAGGUGCGCUGUAUCGCCUCCAGUGGUCGCGGAGUGAUCACCCUGGCGCCGCUGCAUGCGGGGGAGCUGCUGCUGGCGGAACGAGCCCUGCAGGUUGCGCCGGAGAAAGACUUAGCGGAGAUGCUACAGAAGCAGCAGACGGAGCUGGAUGACCUCGCUUGGAAGAGGCUGGACUUGAUGUGUGAUGGAGGUGACUUGGCGGUUUUCUCCAAACCCGUCGCCUUGCGCGCGUGGCCAGGUGAAAUGGGACGGGAACGGAGCAGUUCCAGUAUCUCUCUGCCUUCCAUGCGCCGCAAGGUGGACCUCAACGCCUACCGCUGCGCGCCACCGGUCAGCGACUACGCCUUCAGCGAGGGCGGAACCGGAAGCGGAACGGGCGAGGAAGAACGGCACUCAAGCUACGGGGUGUUUCCAUUGGCGUCGCUCUUCAAUCACUCCUGUGCGCCCAACAUGUGCAAGGUCCUACUGGCUGACUGGGUGUUCCUGAGGGCCGCCCGGGACAUUGAGCCAUUGGAGGAACUCACACAGUUCUACUGUGAUAUCCGAAUGCCCGUGGAAAUGCGACAGAAGGAGCUUUCAGAGCUGUUUGGCUUCUCCUGCGCUUGCCCUCGUUGCCGCUUCGAACUUCAGCUGGAGAGUAACGAUGGUGACGGGUCACUCGAACUGUGGCGGCGCUUCUACAGUUGCGAGGUGCCCCUGGUGCAUCAGCGCUUCGCCUCGGAGCUGCAGGGCUUGGUGGAAGCGGCUGAAGCGGCGGUCAAGGCGAAGCUGGAGACGAUGGAUGGUCGUGCGACCUCACAGUGUGGUCAUUGGGCUCUCUGGCCCUUGGUGCCAGCUCUGCAGCAGCUUGCGGCGCGCUUGCGGCUAGAUGGACGAUUGGAGGAGAGCCUUGAGCUCUUUCGACGUGCUGAUGAAGUGGUGAGAUCAGUGGUUCCAUUGUCCAACAUUCAUUUGCGACUCCAUUCUGAGAUGCUGCUGACCUGCCGCUCCGACACAACGUUGGCCGAGAGUCUCUGGCUCGUGGCGGCCGGCUUCGGUUCGGGGCUGCAGGUGUGGCAAACGCUGGUUGGUUUCCGCUUGCCCCGCCUUGCCGCCCGAGCAGCCAGCCUGCCAGCACCAGUGGUGCCAGGGCGGUGCACCAUCCACUUCCGCUGGGAGGAGGGCUUGGGAAGCAGAAGUUUGUUGCUCUGGUCCGCUGCCUUCCGUUCUUCCAGUGAGAUUUGCUUAGACGCCUCCAAAGAUGUUUUGAUCUGCAAUGCACCAAACGCAGAAGAACUGAAAGUGAGCUGCUCCAAUGUUGAUGUGGCCAGAAUGGAAACAAAGUUUUCCCGCAAACGUCGCUGCCUAACAGUGAUCUUCUGA